CACUUCCUCCCGGAUGUUGUGAUAGUGCUGCUAUUGACAAUCGGCUGUUUCUGGUUAAUGUUUGUGUUUAACGGCUGGAGCUGAUAAUUUUCGCCACUUUGCAGGUUUUAUAGUCGGGUCUGAACUCGGCAGAAUGUCGUCGGAGGAGUUUGAGAAGCUUCAUGACAUGUACAAAGCUUUGUAUGACGAGCUGAAGUUGAUCUCUGACCGAGUGAUUUGCUCCCAAGGCGAGGAGAAGAAGAAGCAGGUGCGAGUGUUUGAUGAGCGUCAUGGAGAGGCACAGGAGCUGCUGCAGGAGAUGGAGCAGGAGCUUCUCAGUGCCCCGUCCUCCUUCAGGAGCGCCAUGUCCUCCAAAGUACGGCUGUACCACAGAGACCUGGGGAAGCUGCAGCGCCAAGUGCACACCACAGACACCGGAUUCGGCUUCUCCGUGCGGAUGGGAGAUGCGGGGCACGGCAUCUACGCCGCUCAGAACGAACGCAGCACGGAGCAGCAGGCUCAGCGAGCGUUACUGAUCCAGGGCUCGGAGUCGCUGAACAACGCCACACAGAGCAUCACACGCAGCCACCACAUCGCCGUGGAAAGCGAGCAGAUCGGUACAGAUAUCAUCGAGGAGCUCGGACAGCAGAGAGAGCAGCUCGACCGCACCCGAGACAGGCUGGUUCACACUGGAGAGAAUCUGAGCCGCAGCAGGAAGAUUUUACGCACCAUGUCUCGCAGAUUGAUUACCAACAAGCUGUUGCUGGGGAUCAUCAUCGUCAUGGAGUUGGCCAUACUGGGAGGUGUGGUCUACCUCAAGUUCUUCCGGCACUGAGACGGAGCGCUCCUGGUCUUUCCUUUCUCUCUGAAGAAGUAGUGAGACAGACACGGCGGCCUUUUUCUGCUGAUGUGUUCCAGCACCUUCUGUGUCCCACAUCAUGUUGGUUGGUUCACAGCGGUUCUGAGGAACUACUUCUUGCACAGCUUUUAAGACUCCUUUUUCUUCGAUGUGGUGCAAAUCUGUGAAAAAUCAGCAUCCAUACGAACGCCUGGAUAAGAAGUGGCGUUAAACUGACUUGCUGUUAACACUGCAAUAGAACUGACCUUUGACCUCUUAAACCUGACCUAUUUAAUAGAAACACUUUGUAUUUGCCUUUCAGGAUACAGUAUUAAAGCGUCCUUUUAAUGGUG